AUGGGCGCUCUGGCAAGCAUGGAGGACCGAGAAGGUGAAACUGCGCUUCACAAAGCCGCCUUGUGCGGCAAGCUUCCUGCUCUAUCCUAUUUGCUGUCAGCCUCGCAAGUUGACGUGGAUGUAGUCGACGCUGAUGGAUGGACACCGAUGCACAACGCCUGCUCGAAAGGAUACCUCGACAUCGUCAAGUACCUUGUGGAUACGGCCAAGGCUUCGGUAGAUCUGCAAGGCGGAAGGGGAGGAUGGACACCGCUCAUGAAUGCCGCAUCCAAUGGCCACUUGCCAAUCGUACGCUACCUCACCGCCAGAUGCCAAGUCGAUCCUUAUACUCGCAACGCCAGUGGUGAGACCGCAUUCGACGUGGCUGCAGCCAAAUUCGAAGUCUACAUCUGUCAAGUGCUCGAGGCCUACGAGGUUCAAAGACUGCCCCUUCUCAACGAGCCCAGCACUCCUCGUCCGACUUACAACCCUCUUCUUCUACAUGUCACUGUGCCGGUGAUCGUUCAUCAGAACGAGCGGUUGGAUACUCGUGUGUCCACUCUUGCUGUGCGCGGCGGAAGGCCUCGAUGGAGCGGAACGAAUGCUGGCCGUCCAGGCAAAGCAGAUCGAAGGGCUCCCGGCACGAUGCCAGCCGGGCCUCUGUCUUCAUCAAAGACUCGCGAGAUCCCUAUGCGCAGAGAAGAUGUACAGCUGCCCACCCGGCGAGAACCUUAUAAGCUUCGCCUCCCUCACCGCCGUACACUAGCUCGCCCGGCCGCUGUUCCUUCUCACUUUUGGCUCAGCGAAUGGCAGAUCGACCGUACACACCCGCAAGUCGAUCCCAUCGACGGCUGGCAAUAUGCACAAUCCUUCGAUGCGCCAGAAGAGGCCUGGUCUGCGCAGGUUCCUCCACAGCUCGCCCGUCUACUUGAAGGAAAGGGUUUGGGAGCUGCCUUCACAAGGGCUCUUGCGGGUCAAGGUUCAAGCACAGGCGUUGGUGCUGAUGACGAAGCCUUUCCUACCGACUGGGUGCGCCGUAGAAGAUGGAUCCGCGUCAUGAGGCGGCGUCUAGACAUCGAAUUCGGCGACGGGCUGGAAGCAGCAGAGAUCGAGACUGCUCCGGCCGGGGAAGAUCGCGUCGCCUCUGCUCAACUGUCAGCAGCUCGGCAAGCUCGGUCGGAACUCGACGAGCUUCCCUCGACAGCCAGCUAUCUUGACAGAGCUCGGGCAUUGGCAGGCCGCGAAGAUGGCGAGCAGCUUACUCCGGCAGAUAUGCUGGCCGAUCCUGCCACCAUCCCAAAUCAUAUUGUGCGUCUCGAAAUGGCGAUCGGAGAGCUCAGAUCAAGCGCCUUCGGAGACGAUGACAAGGAACGACAGGUGCAAGCAGAGACACUACUGAAGGAGUAUACAUUGCGAUUGGGACAAUUGAGACAGGCCGCAAGCAGCGAAGACGAUGCAGAGAGUGAAGACGACGACGAAGAGGGCUUCAUUUACCCAAACUCCUUCAAGGAUACCCAAUCUGUCAUCACUCGCAUCGACGGUCCUGCUCCGAGCGCGACAGAAACCGUCACCGGCCUGCGACCGCCAUCGCGACGAGUAGCAGACUUAGCUCGGGCAAGCGAGUUCCGCGUGCCGACGAACGAGACGCCUCAGUCGCACCAGCCAUUCUCUUCAAGACCACACACAGUCUUGCAGCCGACGUCUCUUGCUCCGACCUGGGAGCCGGACGUGAACGCUCCCGUCUGCCGUCUGUGCUCGAAGCGUUUCACCUUCUUCACACGCAAGCAUCACUGCAGACGCUGCGGACGAAUCUUUUGCGCCGAAUGUUCUGCUUAUCGAGCCCAGCUUUCAGCAGACGAGCUGGUGAUCGAUCCUGCUCAGCCUGAGCUUUUCCUCGGGGAGAGCAUGGGCGGGCUGUCUAGAAUUUGCGGAACCUGUGACGCCGAGCGCCAGCUUCCCGAAGCUCUCAGGUCGAGCACAGUACGAGGCAUGGCAGCGAUGGGCAGUCUCAAUCUCGGUGGAGGCUCCACCGCUUCCUCUUCGGCAACCUCUCGUGCUUCGCAGCUCAACGAGUGUCCCGUCUGCAACACAUCGCUUGCGCUGUUGGGUGAUCAGUCUGCGCAGGAGAUGCAUGUGCAGACCUGCCUCGAGACCGGCGGAGCGGGAGGCGCUGCUUCUGUGCAAGCAGGUCGUUACCUCGUGUAUCGACUGCCGGCCGAGUCACCUAUCUUGGGUCGCGAAUGUGUCAUUUGUCUGGAGGAGUUGGACCUUGGCCAGAUGAUUGCAAGGUUGCCCUGCCUUUGCUUCUUCCACCGCAACUGCAUCGACAGUUGGCUAGGCAGGGGCAGGAGCUGUCCCACUCAUGCCAGGUAA